AUGAGGAGGAUGUGGAAGAAUUUGGCAGAGAGAGAGAGAUGGGACGAAGAGGGGUAUUUUGGGAAAUGCAGUGUAUCAUUGAGGAGAGUCUAUCAUGGUUUUGGCGUAUAUGAGAGGAAGAGGAGUGAGAGUGUGGAAGAGAAGAGUAGGGUACACAAGGCAAAGUGGUGGGGUUGGUGUCCUAUGUGGUCAAAAGAAAUUGACUCAGACCCUUUGACUGUCCCUAGUGUAGUAGUAGGAGUGUGUUGUAUUCAGCAGAGAAUGGAUGAGCACUCUCUGCCCUCUGCCACACUUGUCACCAACCCCUCCUCUCUCUCUCUCUCUCUCUCUCUCUCUCAAUCCGUGGUACUCAAAAACCACCUUCCAUUCCCAUAA